AUGGACGACCGAUCCAACCAGGCCCGAGGCCACAAGGCCACACUCACUAACCCGCGUGUCUCUGAGGAUGCCAAGCAGCACUCGCGCGACAUCCUUGACGAUGAAUUUGAUGAUGACACUACGUACUCGGACAAGCUCCCUGAGAACACCGAGGGAAAGAACCCGGGGAACGUGGCCGGCGGGUUGAAGGCUGCCGUUAAUAACCCUAACGUGUCAAGCGGUGCAAAGAAAGAUGCACAGGAUCGGCUUGAUGCCAUGUGA